GAGAUCUGUCUCUACAGUCCUCUGUCAGGCACAACUUCUAUUAGAAUUUUAUGUAGUUUGAAAACACGGUCAAUAAAUAAUUUAGCAGUGUCUGACAUUCUGGGCAGUUUUUGUAGGACUAGGAAGUGCCAUUUGGUACUGCUUUUAUUGUUUUAUGAGAAAAGGCGGUUCAGCUCCCUCCAACCAGUGUCACCAUUUGUCCAGCCUCAGCCCAACCUUGAGUAGUUCACAAUCACCCCACAUUCUAAUUUUGCACUGUGGGGGCUAACUAACAGGAAAAUAAUGCACAAGGUUGCAGCCUAUCCAGUGUUUCUUUAGAGACUUAAACAAAUCAGGAUAUAAUUCAAGUGAUCAAAGACAAAAAUGUUCAAAAGGUCCCUCAACACAUCAUUAACCAAGUCCUGGAAGACUGCAGGUGCAAUUGUGAUCCAAAAAGGCAUCACAAGAUCUUCAAAAUGUCCUAAACAUGUGUUAAACACAGCCUUACAUUCAUCCUCCAUCCUGAUAUGGACCAAGUGGUAAAUGUUUCAGAGGAGGAGAGGAGGGGGGAGCUCAGAGGAGGCUCAAGAGCAGAUCUAAUGAGUGGCAAAGGAUACUUACUCUUCAGGUUACAGUAGUCAGUGCAUGGCCUAAAUGUUUUUUUUUUCUUAGCCAAAAUGAAAAACUCAGCACCUACCGGGGAAGAAGAUGGUUUAGACAAUAAUGCGGAACCACCUUUAUCUCCAAAACUGCCGGAGUCUGUAAUCUUUUGGCUGCAAAGGGCAGGACGCUUUGUUUUUUUCUGUGUUUUAAAAAUGUUGCACUAUUUUGCAGUGAAGGCAAACAGGAAAUAAGUUAGUGGGCAGUGUAGAAGUGUGAUCGCUGUUUGUUUCCUGAUCUAAAGCAAUACUAUAAAAGAACACCUAACAGCUCAAGCAGUUUUUCCUGCUCACUAAAAACUGCAGAAAUAAAGCUUUGGGAAAAAUGAGUGACUUAAAAAAUAUGACUUCAACUUUGAGCCAGACGUGUGAUGUUGUCGCCACAUCAGUCAACUCUUUCUUUAUGCUGGUCUACAGUCUGGUGUUUCUGGUAGGUUUACCCCUCAAUGGCUUCAUCAUGAAAUUUUACUUUCGUCGUCAGCAGCAGACGUUGAGCAGCUUGAUGGUCUACCUGAAGAACCUGACAGCUGCUGACUUCCUGCUCUGCCUCUCUCUGCCAUUGCGAAUCACUUUCUAUGCCAGCAAGUCUGCCGUUGUUCAGCAGCUUUACUGUAGUUUUGGAGCUUCUGCCCUGCUCCUCAACAUGUACGCCAGCAUCCUGUUCAUGGGGUACAUCGCUGUUAACAGGUAUCUGAAGAUUGUUCAUCCAUCAGGAACUCACAUUCUGCAGUCAGUGCGAGCUGCCCACGUCAUCUCUGUGGUCACCUGGGUUUGUCUCCUGGCUCCAGCAGUUAUUUACACCAUCUUAUUUUUCGUUACCCAGAAGCCUCUGAACUCUAUCCCCAGCUGCUGUGAUCCAUUCAUUAGUGCAUCAGUCAGCCUGUUUUUCACAAUCAUCCACACUUUGUCCAUCAUCAUCUUCCUCGUGGUCUUCAUAUCUCUGGUCUUCCUCUACUACAGCACCUCCCGCAGGGUGUUGCAGGCACAGCAGAGGCAGCUGGCCUCCUCCAAGAAGCUUGUGAAGUCUCGCAGGAACAUGUUGGUGCUGGUCAGCAUCUUCUGUGUUUGUUUUGUCCCCUAUCACCUGGUUCGACUUCCCUCAACUUUUUUGACAAGCAGUCGCUCUGUUGUUUCAGUCUUGAACUAUAUAAUGGAGGUGACCACGAUGGUGGCAGUUUUCAAUAUCUGCCUGGACCCUGUUGUUUACUUUUUCCUCAGUAAGACUUUUCGGUCCCGGGUGAGGAUGGUGUCUUGGAGAGGAAACAUUCAACAAGUGAAUGAGCAGGAGGGAGCAGCUGUACAUUGCUACAGCAGUGAGUUAAGCCAGUAAGCUGUUGGGAAAAGAUUUACAUUCAAGAAAAUGCAGAGAUUUGCUUUGAUUCUGAGAGCGUGUCAUAGAUCCAAGUCCUCGUGAACCACAGGAGCUUCUGCUAAGCUAAAAGAUCAAUACAAGCCUGAACUCAACACAAACACAUGGAUAGCGUGAAUGUCAGCAGUGUUUCAUACAAACAAAUAUGUGAAAACUGAAUUUCUGUGUGUCUUAAAAAGCAUUUGAGAUAACCUUUCAGCAUUAAUUUGAGUUAAGAUAGGAUGUCUUAACUGCCGAUGCUUAUAAAGGAGAAAAGAUUUUCAACUGUUUUGCUACCCUACUGACUGAUUUCACAUUUUUGGUCUGAAGUAUAGGAAAUGCAUUUAAUGAAGACGUGUGAUGAUGUGUACAAAUGUGACUCUUGUGUUUACACUUCCCUUUUGACUGGCGAAGCAACAAUGUGACAAGCUGUACUGCACUAUUUUGGUAAAACAGGACCUUGGUGUAAAGGCUCAUAUAGAUGUAAUUCAUAAGUCAUAUCCGUAAACUUAACAAAAAGCAACGAUUCCCUUCUGAUCCUGUUUGAAUUACGGAGAAUUCAGAGAAGAAAAGAAAUUCAAAUUUGUACACGCAGUUCUUAUUUUGUAAACUCCUUAAAGAUACAUGGUUUACAAUCAUUUCACCUUGAAAGUGGAAGAGUUCAAAUAAAUCAUUAAAAACCUAAAAUUACCACGACAUUCUUGUAUAAAAACUUUAGGCAAUACCUAUAAACCACCUUUGUAGUGAUCUUUCUAAGCCUCAACCUUCCUGUCAGUCAGACUGAAAAUGUAACUUGAAUAUGAAGAGUUUAGUUCAGUUCAGUCCAGAAACCUUUGAUAAAGUCUUUUCUUUUGUUUUAUGUUUUGUAUUUUUGCAGGUUGCUAUGUUGUAUGACAUUGCAUGUGAAACCACAAGUUAUUUCCUCUCUUUUUUUUUUACUCUGAA